AUGCCGACUACGAUGCCGGCGAAACAUUUUGAGAAUGUACCAAGUCCAUUGUCUGAUGCUGGGAAUGAGGACAACUACUAUGUCAGACGACUGUGGACUAUGUACGUUCUACUAAGUCGCCCUGACAACAAGACCGAAUUGCGAAAACGAGGUCAACGCACUUCUAUAAAUCGAAAGGAGACUGCGACUAUAUCAGAGGCCACAGCAUCUUCGUCUUCAGAUCUUCAAUUAAAUUACGAUGGUAAAAUUGCCAAACAAUGCACUGAAUACAGCCAGACAAAGAAGACAAUUGUAAGUCAAUCUGCCCAUCUUACUUUUUUACUCUGUUGUAAACGUUAUGGUAUCACUCAUAAGUUCCGUGACCUUAAGAGACCCUACCACUCAGAUAAGGCUAAUAAGCAUCUCCUGUCUCCGGAAGAUUUUAAAAAACUCCCGAGCAUGACAGACAGGAAAUUACGUAGAAUUUCUGACUUGAUAACAAAAUGGCAUGACGAUAAAUUGUGUAAGCUUGGGAUUUUUCGACAGCCUAUGUUAAAGUCAGUACGCCCAGUUGAAGUGGCUUGCGAGGUGACAACACUUACUGAUCAGCACGGCGAUAGGAGGAAACUAUUAAACUUAUCCUCAAUACCUCUCAAUCCCGAAACAACUGAGUUCCUGGAAAAGGGACUCAAUUUUUCAAUUCAACAUCACAGAAGCCUUUUAGGAGACAUCCCGGUGGAGUUCAUCAAUAUCGCCAACAAGUGCCUUAAGGAGACAAAACAGGAAAUGAAAAUGUAA